AUGGACAAAGAACCGCCCGAGGAGGCCAUCGCCAACUUCGUCAGCUUCACGAGCACCACGCGCGAGCAGGCCAUCAGCUUCCUCAAGGCAAACUACCUCGACUCCCAAAAAGCCAUCAACGCCUACUUUGAAGAUCCCACAGGUCCUCACCCAAAGACGAGUGGCUACUUUCAUGACAACCCCUUACCAUCUUUCGAAUUUCCUCCACACGACAAUGCCCCGCGAGCUCCAGUGACCGUCCCUCCUUCUCGUCCUCCGUCCCGAGCGAAUACACAUGAUCCUCCAGAAAGCACUAGCUACCAAGCACCGACAGAGACUACUGCGCAAGGUGCUACGGAUUCCGGGCAGGGAUUAAGUCUGGCCGAGCGAGAAGAAAAGGAACUCCAGCGGGCCAUGGCCAUGUCUCUUAAUCAGGGAAUGGGCGAGCAAGAGACUGGGGUGGUGGCCUCGACCGGCGAAUCGCAUUUUGGUAAGGCCACACGGGACCACUACGACGAGGGCGCGUGGGCGAUGACCCUGUUCAACACGUCCUCCCAGGAAGUCAUCAUCAGCCCGGACCCCGAAGACCGGAAGAAAAUCAACGACGAGCCUGCUUUCAUCCGACCGUCCCAGGACAAUCUCUACCUGGGGGGGUUCUUGACCAUUCUCCACAACAUCCCCCUCGCCCGUGAGGCUCUUCUUCUACGAAACAAGGUCUUGUAUGACUAUGGACACGACGCGCAGUGGUGGAAUGGCCAACCCAUCAACCUACCCAAGAUUGUGACCAUCCACGAGGCCAAGGAUGGCGACGAAGGCUGGGACGACAUCAUCUAUGAAACCCAACGGCUGAUGGCUUUCUUGGAUUCCACCAACCGCGCUUUCGGCAGCGCCGACGCCCUGGCAAACCUCAAAAGCAUCUUUUCCACCUCGGCCGACUCCGAGGAGGCCGUCACUCGGUUCCUCGAAGCAUGGCACGGCGCCGCCAUCCGAGCAGACCCGGACAACCAGAUGGCCUCUACGUUCCUGUCACACGCAUACAAACACGACCCUUAUGACUAUGAAGAACCUCAAUCCAAAGAGCUCUUCACCUUCGCGCCUCCCGUCGAGAAUUACCACCGCCAGACGGCAGGUCAGACUCUCUACGACGUCUUCGACUACGCAAUGUGGAGUGACACACCCGGACAAGACCUGGAUGAUGUCUGGCUGGAGCACGUCGCAGAGGUUCUCACAAUCAAGCUUGAUGCUACCGGAGACGCGACGUCAGUGGGUAUCAAGAUACCAGCUGUUUUUUACCCGGAUCGAUAUCUGAGCAGUUGCCGAGAGCUGGCCCGUGAAUACCGGAUCAAGCGAUUGCAGAUGGAGGAAGACUUGUUGGAAGUGGAGCGACGCAUCGAUCACUACACCCAUCCAAAGACAAUUGAGGGUAAUCUGACAUACGUCGAGCUCUUUGAGCAAGCUGCGGCGGCGGCGCCUGUUGCCGUGCCGAAAUACUGGCCGAAGAAUGCCGACGGUAGCGAACGCGAGCCCCCAUUGACCAUGGAACGCGCAGGGUGGAUUGUGGAGGAACUGCGAAAGAAAAUUGCCUGGAUCGAAGAAAAGCUAAAAAACCUGGAGAUCCGCAAACAGAGUGCACUGGAAGCUCUUCGCAAUUAUUCCAAGACACUUACUGAGCCUUCCGACUCUCCCACCGAACCCCCAGUCCACAAAUACACCCUCCGUGGCGUGUGUACCCAACCGCAUGUAACCUAUGUCUUGCGGCGCAACAACCCCAGCGGGUCUGGAGAUGCGAUGGAUGUUGACAGCGAGUACCACUGGUGGCGGAUCAGCUUUUCCGCAGAGGAUGGCAAGACCAAACUGGCCGAGAAACGUGCAGCACAAGGCGAUAGCAAUGCCUCUCAGCACGGCGACAUGAUCGGAUAUACCGCUAAACCAGUCCGUGAGGUUGAAGUCCUCCAUGCUGCGCGUGAAGAGUGGAGGAAUGCCCUCCUGGUUUAUGCGAGCGAGAACGCCAUGCGCGUUUCGGAGGAGGCCGCUCUUUCACAGCUUCGGCUAAUUCAGCAACAGAGCUUCACCGACAAAGACAACGAGGCAUUCGCGGCGGAAUUCGAGCAGGCCUCGGCGGAUCCGAUUGACCGUGACUGGCCGGGGACUGCGGACUGGGAUAUACCGCAGAAUAAUGCCGAGAGCCAGUCUGCUUCUCAACAAGGCCAACUGGUGAAUGUUUCCGCCGAAGAGGUUCUGGGCCAAAGCCAGCAAGAGAUGCAGGAAAAGGCCGGGUCUAGUUUCCUGGGCGCUGCAUCAACGGCGGAUUCGGGCCGGGCGGAGGUGAAACGUGAUGAGAACAUGACGGAGCCGGAGUAG